GUAUUUUUAUACUGUAAUUGAAUAACACAUGUAUUUUCACAAAUAAUUCAUUCAAUUGACGACUAAAUAAAAUACAAGUUUUUUUACACUUUAAGUAAAAACACGUGUAGUUGUUGUUGUUGUGGCUGAUAGUCGACAGUACGGAACCAAUUGAUGGUGACAUACGUUUGAACGAUGGGCAGUAAAAUUAAUUUCGUGUCCGUUGUCCACUGGAUCCGACAGGGAGUGGCCAAACAGGUGCCCAAUAAGAUUGAACUGACCAAAGAUGACUUGAAAAGGAUUAUCGACGAACAUAAACAACUGAUGCCAACAGAUGAUGAACAAAAUGAAGAACAGAUGAGUUUAUCGGAAGACAGCGAUGAAGAAAAUAAUGGCAAUGAAGAAGACGAUGAAAAACGUAUUGUCGAUAAAUAUGAUUUAGAAAAUUAUGACGAAGACAGCGAAGGAGAACUCGGCGCCAAUAGUCUGAACGCUUUGGCCAGUCUUACGAUGUUUGCCGACAACACCGAAGAUCCUUAUAUUGACAAUGAAGUCGAAUACUCUGAUGAUGGAGAGGCAGAAAAUUUUGAGAUCAAAUCAACAGAUAAUUUAGUUCUUGUCGGUCACGUCGAGAGCGAUGCACCUGUUCUUGAAGUUUACGUUUACAACGAAGUGGACGACCACUAUCCACAUCACGACAUCAUUCUUCCAUCUUAUCCCAUAUGCUUUGAAUCAAUUAAUUACUCAUCAAGUAGUGAACAACCGGUAAAUUAUAUCGGUAUUGGAGAUAUGAGUAAAGAUAUAACCAUUUGGGACAUCGAUACAGUUAACUCAUUAGAACCGGUUACUAAACUUUGCGGACACAACGAUACUGUAUUGGAUUUAUCGUGGAAUGUAAAUAUUAAAAAAAUAUUGGCCAGUGUUUCGGUAGACCAUAGCUGUUGUAUUUGGGAUUUAGAAAAGAGUGAAUUACUGACACAAUAUAAACAUUUCAAAAGUAAUGUCCAAUCGGUUGAAUUUCAUCCGUUCGAAGCCCAAACACUUCUUGUCGGUGAUUGCAAUGGUAUGGUUUCGAUCGGCGACUUUCAAAGCGGUGCCUUCAAGAAGUGGAAGGUUGGUAUUUGUGAAAUCGAAAAAGUCUUAUGGAAUCAUUAUAAUCCCUACACAUUCUUCUGUUCGACGAGUAAUGGAUUUGUUUACAACUAUGACGUCAGGAAUGAGAAGAAACACAUUUAUUCAAUCAAAGCUCACGAAGACUCUGUUACUGGUUUGACAUUAAGCCGAAAGUGUAACGGAUGCCUAAUAACCGGUUCAACCGAUAAAAUUGUCAAAGUUUGGGACAUCGACGACAAGAGCGCAAAGUUUAUAACACAAUUUUCCGAUCUGAAUGUAGGCUCAGUAUUGAGUAUAAGCGCAAACCCUGACCUACCGUUCAUUAUUGCCGUCGGCGGUGAUAAUAAUAAAUCAGAAAAUUUUAAAAUUAUUGAUAUAUCGAAAUCUAAAAAAGUUUCAUCGCAUUUUGUUUCGCGAAUGAAUAAAUCGAGUGAUAAAUAGACAAAUUUGCAGAAAAAUUGAUGACAAAGUUUCGGUAAAAUUAUAUUAUUUUUUUCAAAGAAUAA